UUUCCGGCCGGUUAAUCGCUAUAGUUGCUAAUGAAAACGUGUGUUUUACGAUUAUAUGCUGUUUGUCAUACAAUACAACCAGUUCGGACAAAAGUUCGACACAACAGUGCUAAAAGUCAACAGGCAACUUCCUCAACAACUGUCGUAGAAAAGAUCAGUGGGAGAAAGUUCUCAGUAUGCGAUAGUUUUGUGGAAUUUAUGGUACAGAAGCAUCAGGAGGAGUUGCAACGAUUGUCCAUGCUUAUUAGAGAAGAGACGACUCAACGGCACAACAGUUACCUGCGGACUCUUCAGUAUCGAAACAAUAUCGUUGUGGGUUUACGUCGGAUCUUAGCACGUAAUCACGGCCAGUAUCUUGUACCCGUAGGUUCAACUGCUUCAGGACUUGCUAGUGGCGUAUCAGAUAUCGAUCUAGUUUAUUUGUCAACGACUGAUGAAAAACAACGUGAAAGACUACUGCGGUUACUCUCCAAGGAAAAUUUUAGGCGGACAUUUAUGACAGAAGUAAAAACCAGAAUUGAAGAAUCUUCUCUAUGUAAGGAGUUCGACUGGUCUCAGACAGAUAUUAUUCACACUGCUCGAGUACCAAUUCUUCAUUUACAAACGCAGAAACAUAUGCAAGUUGAUAUUCAAUUCGAAAAAUAUGCAUCAAUUAGAAACACCUGCUUUGUUCGAUAUUGUGCUCAGUAUGAUGGACGGGUGGCCUUGUUGAAUAUGUGGGCGCAAAAAUGGCUGGAAUCGCAACGAUUGAAGGACAGCAAGAAUGGUUUAUUUUCCACCUAUCACGUGUUGAUGUUGGUUCUACAUUUUUUGCAGUGCACUGGUUCUUAUGGUAUUCAACCGAUUCUACCAGUUAUAUGCAAAAAAUUCAAAGGCAACUUGAGGCCUACCUUACCAAUCCAACGGAAAGAUUUGGAUUUCAAAGAAAGACAAGAACCAGAUGUGGCAGAAUUAAUAUUGCUGUUUAUUAGUCAUUAUGCAAAACAUGAUUUCAAUCAUACCAGUUUUCAUCUAAGCAAUGCUACUGUUACCGAAAAGAACCAAUUCGGUAAUGAAUAUGAGCAGCAUCAAGUUUCGAUAUUUGAUCCAUACGCCUCAUCCACAGUUUGUCGCGUUAAAGGAGGAGCAGAUUUGUUAACAAAUGCUUUUCAAACUACUAAAAGAGCUAUGCUUGCUGGUCAUUGUCUUAAUUGGCCGGUAUCUAUGACAUAGAUAUUUCUCAUUUUGUGCAAAUGUGUUGCUCAAAAGACUGAUGAAAGAUGAUUGCAAAUAGUUGCUGGAAUUUUUUUUUCUUUUGCUUCUAUAUGUGCUGUACUUUUGGAAAAUCUAGAGAGAGAGA